AUGGCAUCCUCAUUGUGGGAGAAAGAUGUGGCCAUCGGACAUCUGGAGCGAUCAACACCAGCAAGUCCGCCCCAAAAGGGUCAUGGCCCAUCUUUGUAUAGUUCAGAUGCUGCAUCUCCUCAUCCUUCCCCUGCUCCAAAGUACUUCCGGUCACGACGUAAGGCCAAGGGCGAAAUCGACAAGCCAUGGCUCGACAAGAAAGACUCUCGACAAAAAUGGUUGACUAUUUUUCCAUUGAUGGGCCUCGUCAUUGGAUUCGUGCUGUCAGGCUACCUCGUAUAUGAUGGCCUUGCAUCCGUCGAGACACCAGUAUACUGCACGGUAUAUGAAGACGAUUUUGCUAAUGGAUUUGACGAAAAAAUUUGGACCAAAGAGGUGGAGGUUGGCGGCUUUGGUAAUGGUCAAUUCGAUGAAACAACAAGCACCGACGAGAAUGUCUUCGUCAAAGAGGGUAUUCUGACCAUCAAACCUACCUUGCAAGAUGCUCUCUUGAUUGAGACGAACAACGUGAUCAAUCUGACGGCGGAUGGGCUCUGCACUGGUGACGACUGGAAAAGUUGCGUGGUGAGCACCAACACCACCAACGGAACCAUUGUCAAUCCUGUAAAGAGCGCUCGCAUCAACACGAGAAAAGGAGCGUCAAUCCAAUAUGGUCGGGUCGAGGUGGUGGCAAAGAUGCCAGAAGGUGACUGGCUUUGGCCAGCUAUAUGGAUGUUGCCUGUGAGGAAUACAUACGGUCCUUGGCCAAUGAGCGGAGAGAUCGAUAUUGCCGAGUCUCGAGGGAACAACUGGUCCUACCCAAUGGGAGGAAACAAUAUCGUCAGUUCAACCCUUCAUUGGGGACCUGAUAUUGUCAAUGAUGCGUGGUGGAGAACAAAUUCUCGACAGAAUGCGUUGCAUACUACCUAUUCUGACGGGUUUCAUACCUAUGGCCUUGAAUGGACACCAGAUCAUUUGUAUACAUACAUUGACACUCGCCUGAUGCAGGUGUUGUACACCAAGUUCAAGAAACCUUUUUGGCAGCGUGGCAACUUUCCACUUUCGGGUAAUAAUGGCACAUCUUUCGUCGAUCCGUGGUCUCAGACGGGGAGUUCUGACACUCCUUUCGACGAGGCAUUCUUCUUGAUAAUGAAUGUGGCUGUCGGCGGCACCAACGGAUGGUUCCAAGAUGGCAAGGGCGGCAAGCCGUGGGUGGAUCAAUCACCAACGGCGAAGAAAGACUUCUGGGAAGCGAAAGAACAAUGGUAUCCAACAUGGCAAAAGAAUAAUGAAAUGCAGAUCAAGAGCGUCAAGAUGUGGCAGAGAAAGGGCUAUGGGGCAUGCAGAUAG